AUGCUGUUUAGUAAAAAAAAUUCUAAUAUAAUUAUUUCAUUCGUUGCAGGAUGCUCAACACCUCCUCGAUCGAAUGCUACUUAUGAAUCAUCAUCAAUUAAUCUUUCAUUUUCUCAACUUUUUCAUCAAUCAAAAAUUUUAACCAGUGCUGAACUAAAACAACGUUUUUCUCCUAUAAAAUCAUCUAUGAAAAAAUGUCGACAUCAUCUUAUUGAAAAAAAUGAUUGUAUUGUACCAUUAAAACGAAAUCUUAAUAUGCCUGUGAUAUUAGAAAAAUUAUUUGAUUAUAAAGAUAAUUUAUCAACUAAAUCUAUGCAUGAAAAUGAUUGUAUAGUUCCUAUAUUAUCAUCAAAUUAUUCUUUUAUAUCAUCAAAAAUAAAUCAUUCUCAACCUAUUUUUGAUUGUUUUAAAUUUGAUUCAUUUAAAAUUGAACAAGAAAAUUUAUUUUCAAUAUCUGAAACUACUAUGAAACAAAAAUUUCAAACAUUAUUACAACAAAAAUGA